AGGCAGGGCAGAAGAUAACACGCUGCUUGAAGAUCCCCAUAUUACCUCACCAGAUAAGGCAAAGGGAGGAAGACGGAGCUCGGCAAGGAGGACGCCGAACCUCUGGGCGGAGAAGAGGAGUGAGCCCCAGUCACACAGCUUAUCCCUGAGACCCGGGCACUGCCACAGUGAGAGAGACUGGUUCGGUGUGCUCUCUGGUCAUUCCCAUGGCAGAGACAACGCUGGCGGAGGCUUUGGCUGGGGAGCAGGGAGAGAUGGGAGGGAGACAUCAAACUCUGAGAUGGACACAGCCAUGCAUGAGACAAGCCGUGCGCCGAGAGCCAAAGAAGUGGCCAAGAUCUGGGCCUGGAGUACAAGCCAGAGCAUCAAAGACGCAAAAUUCCCCUGAAAAUGCAGCGAGGGAGAGGAGCCGAGUGCGAAACCUCCGCCAGGCAUUCCAGAGCCUCCAGGCCGCCUUGCCAUCGGUUCCUCCGGACACAAAGCUCUCCAAGCUGGACGUUCUGGUCCUGGCCACCAAUUACAUCGCACACCUCACUGAGACGCUGGACCAGGGGGGAGCGGUGUGUGAUCAUCCCGUGCUGCAGAGAGCUGAAGGCUACCUGCACCCAGUGAAGAAGUGGCCUAUGCGCUCUCUGCUGUACUGUGGGAACAUUGGCGAGCGACUAACAGCAGCAAACCCCAGUCAGGACGAGUGUCAUACACCCGGCAGCACAGCCGAGGUUCAAGCAGACUGAGCUGACGUAGAUGUCUCUAAUCACUCCUAAAGCAAUAAACUGUUAUAAUUUAACACAUAAUGUUUAAUAAUGGGGUGAUUCUAGUAGUAUAGGACACAAGUAAGUCAUGUUUAUUUCAAUUUCAUUUACUGCAUAUUUUUGUAUUCUUAUUUUUCUAAAUUAAAUUAAUGGAAUUGAAUUAAA